AUGUCUGAUAAAUUCGACCUGAACUGCUGGAUACUUGGCGAUGAUGCUCGCCAAGUGUUCCCAGUGGAAAUAUCCAAUACGAAGUCUGUCGGUAGCCUCAUGGAAGCAAUCAAAGCCAAGAAGAAGCUUGCAAUUGGUCACAUCGACGCAGACGCCCUCACACUCUGGAAGGUCUCCAUCUCAAUCGACAGCAGUUUCAAGGAGAAUGUAGAGGAGGUUGAACUUGAAGACGAAGAAGCACUGCCGUUUAUGGAGAAAUUGUCCUGCAUUUUCCCGGAUCAACCUGAUGAUGAAGCCCUACACAUCGUUGUUCUGUUCCCGCGUGUUGUCGAACUGUGCUGUCUCAUUUGUAACGAUGAUGCUAGCCAAAUCUUUCCGGUCAAAAUUGCGAUUACAGAGUCUGUUGGUACUCUCAAGGAAGCGAUCAAAGACAAGAAGCUUGCUCUACAGCACGUGGACGCAGACAGCCUCACACUCUGGAAGGUUCCCCCCAUCCGAAUCGACGGCAGUUUCCAGGAGAAUCUGAAGAAGGUUGAACUUAAAGAUGAAGAAACGCUAUCACCUGUGCAGAGGAUAUUCCGCAUUUUCCCCCGUCGGCCUCAGGAUGGACUUCUACAUCUCAUUAUUCAGUCUCCUGGACCCGCGACUGACAGAAAGAGGAAGCGUGAGGAUCCGGGUAGGUCUUCGCCACUUUUUAUUUGA